GCAAGAGCUUACAAUUUGCAGGACCGAAUAUUUCUUUGUUGGGAUGCCUGCUUUCUUCGUUCUUUUACUUGGGAUCCUCAUUGUGAUAGGAGAAGAACAAAAGCCAUGGGACAACUAUGACCUUCCAACCUGGAAUGGCCAAAACAGAAGAUAUGACCAAGAUACCAAUUAUUUCAGAGAUGAAAAGAUGCCCAUAAAUCCAUCCAGCCAUUUGUAUCCUGUUUUGGUAGUUUCUCCUGGAAAAUGGGUCACUGUCCACUGUAAUAACACCUUUAAGAUACAGGGUUCUAUCCAUUUAAAGAAAGGUGGAAGAGUCACAAAUCAUCACCAAUUCAACUCUAGAGGCUAUCCUGCAUCUUUCCAUUUUCAUGCGAAACGAGACGAUGGAGGGUUGUACCAAUGUUGCUAUGGACAGUUUCAGCCUCUAUGUAGAGUUGAGGAAGGACUGGAACUUAUAAUAAGAGAUUCCAGAUUACUCAGACCACAAGUCUCCUUUGGAUCUAUUCCAGUACGCAUUGGAGACGUCUUUACUGUCCAUUGCAGAGUCCAAAGAAAUGCUGAAAAGUUUUAUUUCCAAAAGGAUGGGAAAGAAGUGCCUCACCAAAAACCAUCCAAGAAUGAGCUAACAAUCCAAGAAGCAAGUGAGGAGCAUGUAGGGAAUUAUAGCUGCAGUUAUUCCCAGAAGUUUCUCAUGUCAAAACCCAGUGACUCUAUGUUGCUGCUAAUAACAGGUGCUGACUUAUCACAGCCAACCAUCUCUAGCGACGCAAGUGGGCUAGUUGCCCGUGGGGCACUAUUUUCAAUUACGUGUGAAACUAAAAUGCCUCCUGUCAUAUGCUAUCUCCAUAUAAAUGAAAAUCCACCAAAAAGAAUAACAGAUACUAAUGGGAGAAUAAGCAGAUACUACUUCAAGAAUUUCAGCGAAACUGAUCAAGGGUCGUAUAGCUGCAGCUGUGCACGCGAGGAAAAACCUUUUCUGGUCUCAGAAAGAAGCCAUACCCUGAACCUUCUUCUAUUAGAUGAGGAAUCCAAUAAAACCGGACACACUGUUCUCAUUGCCAUUGGUGUAUGUGUAAUUCUCUUCAUUCCUUUCCUGCUACUUGUUCUUUUUUGGUUCAAAAGAAGAAGAGAUGCACUAUUGGAAGAAACACAAGCAAGUGGCGAACGCUCUUUCAGAGUUUUGAGGAUUAAUCGGGCAACAAAACAUUCUGGCACAUCAAAAUCUGGAAGAAAACAUUUGGAGAAGGAACCUCCAAAAGAUGACCCUGCCACCCAGCCACAAAACAUAGUCUAUGCUGAAUUGAAGAGGUAUACCUCAGACAGGCCUCAGGCCGAAGCUGAAACUGAGGAUGAUGUUAUCUACACCACAAUUGUUGCAAGUUAAAUCUACAAAUGUUAGGAGUCCUGGAAGAUUUGUGUGUCUUUUGGAUGGCUUCCUAUAAUAACAUUGGGAGUGCUCAAGAAGUUCUAGGACUCUGGAUCUUUAGACUGUAUAGGUCCACCUAGCAAAUGAAUUUCAGUUGUUUCUAGCUCUUUUCCUGGCUUUGUGAUAAAAACAUACUCUCCAGUAGACAUUCAGGCAGUCGAAAUUUAAUCAGCUUCAAUGCAAACUUACAAUGCCUUGUUAUCCAUUUCAAUAAAAUUCUCCUUUUUUGCUCAUAAACUGAA